AUGGCUACUGGUGUCCUGUCAGUAUUUUACAUGGAUACUGGUGUCCUGUCAGUAUAUUACAUGGCUACUGGUGUCCUGUCAGUAUAUUACAUGGAUACUGGUGUCCUGUCAGUAUAUGACAUGGAUACUGGUGUCCUGUCAGUAUUUUAGAUGGCUACUGGUGUCCUGUCAGUAUAUUUCAUGGCUACUGGUGUCCUGUCAGUAUAUUACAUGGAUACUGGUGUCCUGUCAAUAUAUUACAUGGAUACUCGUGUCCUGUUAGUAUUUUACAUGGAUACUGGUGUCCUGUCAGUAUCUUACAUGGCUAAUGGUGUUGUGUCAGCAUAUUACAUGGCUACUGGUGUCCUGUUAGUAUAUUAA